AUGGCCGUAACCCCACUGCUUCGUAUAUGUCAAUUGUCAGCGUUUUCUAUUGCAACAACUGCAAAUUUAUUGCUCCUUUAUCUCAUAAAAGUUCGUGCCGGAAAUUCUUUCGGAAGAUACAGAGUUUUGAUGGUUUCAUUUUCAAUAUACGCAAUUAUUUAUGCAUUUAUUGAAAUUUUAACAAUGCCGGUUCUGCAUAUCCAUAAAUCCGGAGUUUUGUUUUAUUUAGACGGCGUUUUAAAAUUUCAAACGACUAUUGGAGGCUUCAUGUCUUCUUUAUAUUGUGGCUCAUUCGCUUUGUGCAUUUCUAUGCUAGCCACUCAUUUUAUCUACAGAUAUGUAGCAGUUUGCAGACAUGGGAAAUUAUAUUACUUUGAUGGAAUUAAAAUAUAUAAUUUAUUUAUACCUCCUACAAUUCUUUUCAUUGUUUGGACUUUGUCAAUUUAUUUCAAUUUUGGACCAAAUCAAAUUAAAAAGGAUUUCUUUCGAAAUAUAACCAUGCAGUUGUAUGACGAAGAUAUUGACAAAAUAUCUUUCAUGGGUCCAUUGUAUUUUACCCGUAACGAAGAUGGAAGUUGUCUUUUUCGGUUUUCUGAUUUACUGGGAGCUACUAUUAGCUGCGUCAUAAUGACAAUCUGUCUGAUGACUUGUGUAAUUUGUGCCUACAAAACUUAUAAGAAAUUGAAUGAUUUGACAAUACAAAUGAGUGAAAGAACAAGACAUAUGAACAAGCAACUAUUUUGGACUCUCGGGCUCCAAACGAUUCUACCCUGUGUUACACAAUAUAUUCCUGUCGGCGCAAUGUUUUUUCUUCCAUUUUUUGAAAUUCAUUUUGGUAGGAUUGGAAACGUCGUUGGAGCAGCUUGUAGUCUCUACCCUGCCAUUGAUCCAAUUAUCGCGAUUUUCAUGAUUGACAAAUUCCGAAACUACGUUUUGGGAAAAGAAGCUCGGACUGCACCAAAGACUUCCACAAUGAACGAAGAUGGAAAAUCCACUGUCGCAGAAUAA